GUAUUGUUUGUCUGUAAAUAGAUGGAGAAUUUAAUGUUUCUUAUACCUUACUACUGAAAGUGCCGUAAACAGCAAAUCAUCCUGUAUUGAACAUGUAUCUGGUCCGCAACACAACAUAGUCUUGGCCUGCCUAAGUCAAGGAACAAGCUCAAAUUGACGUUAUUGUGCCACACUGAUAUAGUGUUUGUGAGUAAAUGAAUAGGGAACUGAGUGCUGCAUAUAUUUCAUUCCUGUAUGUGCAGCAAAGAGAACAAGUCAUGUUACAAUGAACAAACUUGUGGUGGGAUAAUUACGUGUGCUAAAUAAAACUUACAUAGUGAUCCACAGGUUCACGUGGAGGAGAUAUUGAGAUGAGAAUGGGGAACAGAAAAGUCUGAUUGAUUGUUUAGCAGCGGAUGAGAGAUGAAUUAAGGAAAUGUAUGGCAUGCCAAGGGAUAUUGGAUGGGUGUGUCCCACAGAGUUAAAUGGAACUCUGGUCAGACCACAAUGCCGUGAUGAAAACGAAAGAUACAUCGGCGAUAUGCACAUUGGUGGAAAGUUACUUAAAUAGCUAGACAGGAAGGUGUGUAGUAGAGAGGAAUACGAGAAGGUAUGUGAAAGACAGAGAAGUUAGAGAUAGUUGGGGAGGGCUCAAAGGCUAAAGAUGUUAAAAAGUAUUCAGUGAUAUGGUAAUUACAAGGCAGCUGCAAGGAGUCUUGGGGAUACGAGUUAAAAAAAAGUGCAUGGCUGAGAUGGAGGUGGCUGUGGAAGAGAAGAGGGCCUAUGAGAAAAUGGGGCAAAGAAAUGUGUCGGAGGAAAUUAAAAUGAGGAAAAAUUAGAGUGUAAGUCUUGGAAUAUAAAACUAAAGGAACUCCUAAGAAAAAGUAAGAAGAGAGUGGAUGAGAAGUUUGGUAGAAAGCUCAGUGUAAGAAAAUCAAUGACUAAGUUGUUAUGGCAGGAAGUGACGAAAGGGAGGGGGAAGAAGAGCAUGGGAUUGUGUGAGUAGAGAGAGUAUAAAGUUCUUGCAAGCAGCAAGAAAGAAGUGCAAGUUACUUGGAGAAGACUUUGAUUGUCAAAUGAAUAAGAUGACAGGAGAAGCAGUAGUAAUUAUCAUGUGUAUAGAAGCAUGUAGAGAAUGGGAUAAAUUGUUAGGGAGAUGAAGAAAACAAUAGUUGUGAUGAAGUGUGGCAAAGUUAUAGACACUGAUGGAAUAACUAUGGAGAAGUAAUAGCAGACUGGAUGAUUUAAAUUACGUGAAUUGGCAUGGAAACAAGGAGAGGAGGCAGGACCUGAUGAGUGGAUGGAGGCAGUUAUUGUACGUUUAUAUAAAAGGGAAAGGCUGCAAGAAUGUACAAAAAGGUUACAGGGGAUAAAUAAGUUUGCUUAGUGUGUCAGGAAAAGUCUGUGGGAGUCUUGACUGAGAGAUUGAUGGAAGUUAUUGAUAGAAGUGAUGGUCAUUGGGGAACAGGGAAGUUUCAAGAAAGAAAAGUGUUGUGGAGCAUAUAUUUGCAAUCACAAUUAUAAUAAAGGCAUGCAAAGGUAAACAUAAAUAUUACAUGUAGCAUUCAUCUCGAGAAGGCUUAUGACAGAGUGGGUAGAAAAGCAUUUUAGGAUGUUCUUAAAGUUUGUGAUGUAGGAGCACAGGUGUUAGAAGGAAUGUGUGUGUUUGUGUGUGUGUGUGGAAGGAGAGCUUGGAAAGAUUUACUGCAGGAACAACAGUGAAAAUGUGUAAGGGAGCUGAAACAAUCUCUCUCUCUCUCUUUCUCUCUCUCUCUCUCUGCUGCAAUGUUGCAUCUCUUGGUAUCUUUAGUUUCUUUCAUGCUAACUGCAUGCCUCUCCACCUCUUGUAGUCUCAAUAUACAAGGUUUUCUAGUAUUCUGUCCACCUCCCAAGUGCAAGAGUUAACUAGUAUUCUUAAUCUUCCCUUUCACUGGUAAACUGGAACUCUGCUAGCUUCUCUGUUUUCCCGUUCCUAUGACUUCAGUCCUUUCAAGAGGGAGGCCCUAUGCCACUUCUUCAAUUUUGGAAAUAAUUUUCUUCAGGAACUGACACCUUAGUGUGCCUUUUUUUUUUUUUUCUUUAUUGCCCUUGGCUCUUACAUAAAAAAAAAAAUUUAUAUUGGUCUCCCUCCUUCCCAUGGCACACUUUGUGAUUGCAUGGUAUUAGGAUUACUAAAAAUUGCAGAUGGUAGCCCAGACAGACUCCAGUACAUCUGCAGAGCAAAGGAAGGAGGACCAGUUCAGGUGAAAGUGGUCAUAUUCACCGGGGAGUAGAAAAGGAAAGUAUUUCAGGAUGUUCAUGACUCCAGUAGAGAAGAAAUUCACAUGGGCAUCAGUAAGACUAUUGCCAAAAUUACAGAGAGAUUUUAUUGCAUAGGCAUUAAGAAAGAUGUAGUGAAUUGGACAGGUGAGUGUGAUUGAUGCCAGAGAUCUGAAAAGAUGAAAAUUGUAGCACCAGUCCUGAAUCCUAUUAAGAGUGAAGGCCCUUGGCAGAUGGUUGAUGUAGAUUAGAUAGGGCCCUAAAAGAAACUCAGUCAGGCAACAAGGGCAUCCUUACUUUACCAGACUUGCGCUCCAAAUUUAUAGAGGCAUUUCCAUUCCCUUCAAAAUCUUCUAAUCUGGUAUGUGAUGUAUUGAAGAGUAUUUUCCAAUGUUUUGGUCCCCCAGGGAAAACCUUAACUGAUCAGGGAAAGGAAUUCUGUAAUACAUUAAAUUACACUCUUUUCCAUUGUCCAAGUGAAGCACCUUGUAACACUUGCUUGCCACCCCCCAAACUAAUGGUCAGGAUGAGAGGACCAACCAGAUGUUGAAGGGCACUUUAACUAAACUGGUAAAUGAGAAUCAGGAUGACUGGGACAGACACUCAGAGGCUGCUCUGUUUGGUAUAUGAACAUCAGUGCAAGCUUCAACAAAGUGUUCUCCCUCUUUGUUCAUGUUUGGUAGACAGCCAACACUGUUUGUUGAACUGAACCAAAAUGAUCUUCACGAAAAAGUUGAUAUUUUAGAAUUCCCAAAUUUGAGCCCCUCAGAUGAGUCAGUAGAGUAAAGAGUCGCUUGACAGCCAUAAAGGAAAAAGUUGACAGUCAUGUUGGUAAAGCACAAGCUGAACAAAAGAAAUAAUAUGAAAUGAGGAAAGCUAAAGGACAUAAGUCAUUUGACUUUAAGAUUGGAAUGAAAGUUGUUGUAAAGAAUAAUAAAAAGAAAGGAAGGAAGGGUUCCUGGCUUGAGGAGGACUGGCUUGGGCCUUAUGACAUACCCAGCAUCUUAAAUAACUGUGUACAAGUCACCACAAAACGGAAAACUCCUUCAAAAUAAAAUUGCAUUAAUUCACAUUAAACCUUAUAAACCCCCCAGCACUGCACAGGAGCAUGCACAACUUUGUGGCCAAAUGCUGCUGCCAUCAGCUGCAGGGAGUGCUUCUGCUGUCUCUGUCUUUCCAGAAUCCACGGCAUCUGGGGAGGAGCCUGGAGAGGACACUUCCCCAGCCACAGACUAUACUGGUGUGAGGCAGCAGCCUGAGGUGCUCCUUUGUGAAGGGUCACACCAUAUCACUUCCCUUGAUGUGCUCCUUUGUGAAGGGUCACACCAUAUCACUUCCCUUGAUGUGCUCCUUUGUGAAGGGUCACACCAUAUCAGUCCCCUUGAUGUGCUCCUUUGUGAAGGGUCACACCAUAUCAUUCCCCUUGAUGUGCUCCUUUGUGAAGGGUCACACCAUAUCACUCCCCUUGAUGUGCUCCUUUGUGGAAAGUCACACCAUAUCACUCCCUUGCCUCUCACCACUGUCAGUAAGGAAUGCAUUUCAGAAUCCUCGGCAUCUGCGGAGAAGCCUGGAGAGGACACUUUCCCAGCCACAGACCAUGCUGGUGUGAGGCAGCAGCCUGAGAUGCUCCUUUGUUAAGGGUCACAGCAUAUUACUCCCCUGCCUCUCACCACUGUUGGGAAGGAAUGCAUUUCAGUUAUUGUAAAAGUCCCUGUGUACAGUCUACAAGCCAUCUAGGGAGGAGUCCUGAGCUGGCACUUGUAGAUAAGUGGAUCCUUAUUAAGGAGAUAAAGAUUUUCCAGAAGUGUUAGUGUGAUGUGGAUCAAGAAAACUUAAAAUAUUAUAAACCUUUCUUUUAUUUGUUUGAUUAUUUUGCUUAGUAUUAUUUGUUCAUGACUGAGUAGUCAGAUCAUGUUGAAUCUUGUAAACCUUUCUUUUCUAUACAACUUUGUGUUGGGGUAUUUGUGGAACUUUUUGAUCACAUCUGAUAAAUCACUCCUUGAGCAAUUUAUGCUUGUGACCUGUGUAUGUAUUUACCUAGUUGUGGUUUACGGGAGGGGAGUAAUCUUAUAGUAUCUUGUCUCUAUAUCUAUCUAGUUUGGUCUUAAAAGCAUGGACAGUUACGGCAUUUACAACGUCUUCACUAAGUUCAUUCCAUUUGGUCACACUUCUGUGUGGAAAACUAUACUUCUUAAUGUCUCUUCUACAGUUAACUUUCUUGAUCUUCUUAUUGUGUCCCCUUGUACUCUGUGUCUAAAGUUAUAAAACAUUCUAUGCCCACAUUUUAUAGAUGUUUAUUAAAUCUCCUCUCUCUCUCUCCUAUUUUCAAGGGUAGUAAUUUCCAUCAUUCUUAAUCUCUCUUCAUAGGGCAACUUACUCAACUCCAAAACCAUCUUAAUGACUGCUCUUUGUACUCUUUCUAAUUUAUAAUAUUACUCUUUGUAUGAGGAGACCACACCACUACCACAUAUUCCAAUCUUGGUCUUAUGGAAAUUCACAACUUUUUUAUCAUUCUUCCAUCUAAAUAUGAGAAUGCCAUUCUUAUCCUUUUAACAAAUUCAUCAUCUCUCCAGUAAUUUUAUCAAUGUGUAUGUCCGGAGUCAAAUUUUCAAUAACUGUUACUCCCAAGUCCAUUUCCUCUUUUGAUUUCUGUAACUUCACACCAUCCAUCUCAUAAUGAUAUUGUAUUCUUUUCUUACUCUUACCAAACCCCAUUACAUUACAUUUACUUGAAUUCCAUUUGGCAAGAUUUACUCCAUCUAUUUAUCUUAUUUAAAUAAUCUUGUAGUACCAUACAGUCAUUUACAUUUUCUACCCUUCUCAUCAGUUUAGCAUAAUCUGCAAAUAAGUUCACAUAACUGUCUUUUUCUUCAUUUAUGUCAUUCACUUACAUUACAAACAUUAUUGAUCUCAACACUGACCCCUGUGGGACACCACUAGUUACUUUCAUCUGAGAUGAAUUCUGGUCUUGUAUUACUGUUCUCAUCUCUCUCUCAUCCAGAUAAUCCUCCAUCCACUCCAGCAGUCUUCCUCCAAUUUUUCCAUAAUUUUUUAUCUUCCAUAGCAAUCUUCAGUGUGGUACUUUGUCAAACACUUUUUUCAAGACUAAGUGGACACCAUCCACCCAUCCGUCUCUCUCCUGCACAAUGUCGAUUACUCUUGAAUAAAAGGACAGUAAGUUCAUGGAGCAUGAUCUUCCCCUCCUAAAUCCAAAUUGAUAAUUUACCAAAACUUUAUCUUUUUCCAAGUGUUCCAUCCAUCCUUCCUUUAUUUUUCUUUUGCAUAGUUUUCCUACAACACUAGGACACUGGUCUAUAAUUUAGUGGGUUUUCCUUAUUUCCUCCUUUGAAUAUUAGUGUAAUAUUUGCUUUAUCAUCACUUAAUUUUCUAGGUAAUGCGUCCAUUUAUCCUUCACUAAUCUUUCAAACAUUUUACAUACCACACUUGUUAGAGACACUGGUCUGUAGUUCAUUGGCUCUUCUUGUUACCACUUUUAUAAAUUGGAACUAUUUUUUGCUCUCUUUCAUUUAAGCAGGACUCUACUUUCAUUUAAGGAACUCUCAGUAAUACUGUGCACCACCCACGUCACCUGCUGAUUGCAUUCUUUCAGUAUCCAUCCCAACACUUCGUCGGGUCCAGGGGCCUUUCUAACAUCUAGUCCUUCACACUGUUUCUACAUGUCUUUCACAGUCACCUGGAUUUCCCCUGAACUCAUUUCUUUGCUCAUCUCACUCUGCCCCACAAAUAUCCUCUCUUUGUGAACACUAAUUGAAAACUCUUAUUCAUAAUCUCUGCCAUGUCAGCCGGAUCCUCACACAUUUGAUGGUUCACCUUCUCUGUUUUUCAUUUUGCUCCUCACACACCUGAAGAAUAGUUGUGGUUCCUCUUUACAUUUGUCCAUAACAUUGUUCUCAUAACUUGUCCUUUCUUCUAUAAUAACCCUUACAUAGUCAUUUCUCAUAGUGGCGUAGUUUUGCCACAUCUUUGCACUCCUCACCUCCAUCUAUUCCAUGCCUUCUCCCUCUCCUCCCUUGCUACUUCACAUAUUCUUUUAUAGCAGUCUUUGUUAUAUCUUCUCUUUGUGUUUUUAUCUUGCAUAGCAAUCUUCAGUGUGGUACUUUGUCAAAGCAUUCUUCAACUUCAGCUUCACAUCUUCUGUUAUACCAGUCUUUGUUAUAUCUUAUCUUUGUGUUUCCUUUUGGCACACAUCUUUCACUCCCUCCUUAUAUAUAUCUAGUGACUAAUGCUUCCUACUUCUGCACACCUUUUGCUGUAAUAAAGGCACUCCAAUCCAUCUUACCAAAGUAUCUCUUCAUUUAUUUGAAGUUAGUUUUAUCAUAGUUAAAUAUUUCAUCCUUAUAAUUUUCCCAUCUACUUUCCUCUUCCUUUUCUUUGAUAUGAAACCUUACCAUCACUCGAUCACUUUUUCCUACAGGAUAAUUGUAGUUUAUGUGUUCAACAAUGUCCACUUCUCUUACUAAUACCAAAUUGAGUCUUUGCAGUGCCUCUCCUCUGUAUCUAGUUUUCCUUGGGCCAGCUGGUUGGCUGACUGGUUACUGGCUGGCUGGCUGGCUUUCUGGUUGGCUGGCUGGCUAACUAGUUGACUGGUUGGAUGCCUGGCUAACUGGCUGGCUGGUUGGUUAUGUUGCUGACUGGCUGACUGGCUGGCUAUCUGGCUGACUAGUCCACUGUGGGUUGGCUGGCUGGCUGGUUGGUUGGUUGGGUGACUCCCAUCUCUCAAGUGGCCAUAUUUUGCAGGCAUCGCCAAUCCUUCCUGUCCUGCUACAAGUGAACACAUCCCAUACAAGGCCUCUAAGGGGGCCAAGGGGAAGGGAGCAGCCCAUGGCCACAGCAAUGCUGAGAAAGGUAUGACACUUCACUGCCAAGGAGGAAAGUUUCAGCUUCAUUUUGUAUGUCGUUUGUGUUACUUUAUGGACAAUUAGCUAGUUUUUUUUUUUUUUUUUUUUUUUUUUAGUUAGUUCAGAUAUCCUACAUGUCAGUUGCCAGUGAGCAGUUGUGUUACAUCUGCUUUGUUUUACUUGCCAUCAAGCCUCUUCAUCUGAUACAGUUCCUGCCACUUUGGACUCAUUUUGACUCUGCAAGGGAAGUACCCAUAACUCCUCAUUACCUUGAAUAUGAGGAGGACACUUUCAACUUUAUCUCUUUUGCUUUAUCUUUCAUUCAACAGUGAAUCCUUAUACAAGGGAACUUCAGUUUUUAACUUGAUUCGUUCAUAAAUGUCGCUCAAAAUCCAAAAUGUUAAAAAACACUAUUUUCUCCACAGGAAUCAAUGUAAAAUAGAUUAAUCCAUUCUCAGACACCCAUCCACCAUGUCUUAGUGGGUAAUGAUCAACACUCCCACUGCUAAGAUAGCUGCUCCACAACAUCUCCAGCUUAGAAAUUUUAUUCAGAAAAGCUGUAUUGAAUGAAUUUAGUGGCACAGAACUGAUCAAAAGAUAUUGUUUAGACCACGCUGGCAUUCUCUUUGUCACCGAUCAAGUGAGGGAAGCCUUACAGAGACACAGAGAGGAGCAACCCACUCACUGCCAAAAUGAAGGUGAUCAUAACACUUAAAUAUCUUGUUGCUGGGAAAAGCUACUGGGAAAAUACAGUUGUGCAGUAGUGAUGGCAUUGUGGGUCAUUGAGAGAGCCACAGGAGGCCCAGGAUUACUCCUGAUCACCAAAAACUGUUUGUUUACAUCGAAGCUUUAUCACUGGGGUCCUGUUUACCUUAGUUCAGAGAUUGAAUUAUUGUCUUACACUCUGUCUCUCCUCCAAAUAUAUAAAAAUGAAGUAGAUAUUUAUAGAAAUUGAAUUAAUAAUGAAUGGCAGCAUGCACUAUGUCUUUUAGUAUUUGAAAUGAAGUAACUUUGUUCUAGAACCAAAUUAUGGUACCAUAACCAAAGCAAUAAUGAGUUCAAAAUUUUGUUCAAAAACCAAUUUGUUUGAAAAGGGAGGCAUUAGGUAACCAAGGUUCCACUGUAUAUGCAAUUUAGAAAUUAAUAUAUCUUGGCAGAUGACAUCAAAAAUUUUGCAGAAAUCAAAGAGCUUUUAAUCUACUUCAUAACAUAAGAACAUAAGAGCAUAAGAAAUAAGGGAAGCUGCAAGAAGCGACCAGGCUUACACGUGGCAGUCCCUGUAUGAAACACACCUACCUAUUUCCAUCUGUUAUCCCCAUCCAUAAACUUGUCUAAUCUUCUCUUAAAGCUCUCUAGUGUCCUAGCACUAACUACAUGAUUACUGAGUCCGUUCCACUCAUCUACCACUCUAUUUGAGAACCAAUUUUUUCCUAUCUCCUUCCUAAACCUAAAUUUUUUAAGCUUUAACCCAUUAUUUCUUGUUCUACCCUGGUUGCUGAUCCUAAGACUUUUGCUUACAUCUCCCUUGUUAUAACCCUUAUACCACUUAAAGACUUCUAUCAGGUCCCCUCUUAACCUAUGUCUCUCUAGAGAAUGUAAAUUUAACAGCUUCAACCUCGCCUCGUAAGGAAUUAUUCUCAUCCCCUGUAUCCUAUUAGUCAUUCUCCUCUGUACUGAUUCUAAUAGACCUAUAUCUUUCCUGUAAUGUGGGGACCAGAACUGCACAGCGUAGUCUAGAUGAGGUCUGACCAGCGCCAAGUAUAACUUUAAUAUUACUUCUGGCCUUCUACUUUUAACACUCCUAAAAAUGAAUCCUAGUACCCUCUUUGCCUUGUUUCUGGCUUCUAUGCAUUGUUUCCCUAGACAGAGUUCAGAGCUAACUAUAACUCCUAAAUCUUUCUCGUACCCUUUACCUACCAGAGUUUGGUUGUUUAAUGUGUACCUAUUGUGUGGGUUUCCUCUACCUACGCUAAGCACUUUGCAUUUAUUGAUAUUAAAUUGCAUUUGCCAUCUAUCCGUCCAUUCAUUCAUUCUAUCUAAGUCUGCCUGCAAGGUGAUGGCAUCCGAUUCUGACCUAAUUAAUCUACCUAUCUUUGUGUCAUCCACAAAUUUACUAACAUCACUACUAAUUCCACUAUCCAAGUCAUUGAUAUAUAUUAGAAAUAACAAUGGCCCUAAUACUGAUCCCUGUGGCACCCCACUAAUUACAUGACCCCACUCAGAUUUCGAGCCGUUUAUUACCACUCUCUGUCACCUGUUAUCAAGCCAUGACCCUAUCCAGCCUAACACCUUCCCAUCUAUCCCGUGUGCCCUAACCUUUCUCAGGAGACUUUGAUUGGGUACCUUGUCAAAUGCUUUAUUAAAGUCCAGAUAUAAGAUAUCAUAACUAUCACCAUUAUCUACUGCCUCGUACACCUUACUGUAAAAACUUAACAAGUUUGUCAGGCAAGACUUCCCCUUCAUGAAGCCAUGCUGUGACUGAUUUAUCGAGUUAUUAUGUUUGUCUAAAUGUUCCCUAAUGUUCCUCGCUAUUAUUGACUCUAACAUUUUACCUACAACUGAAGUUAAGCUGACAGGUCUAUAAUUAGACGCUAAAGUUUUAUCUCCUUUCUUAAAGAUGGGUACUACAUUAGCCUGCCUCCACAUUACUGGUACCUCACCCGACUCCAGUGAUUUCCUAAAGACAGAAACUAACGGCUCACUAAUAAUCUCUUUACAUUCCUUAAGUACUCUGGAAUAUAUUUCAUCAGGUCCUGGUGACUUGAACUUUUUUAGCCUAUCUGUCUCCUGUUCCACUAUCUCCCUAGUUAUGGAAAUAUCUGUCAGCUUCUCAUUCUCAUCUGCUCUAAACACCUGUUCACUAUCUGGCAUAUCCUGCAUGUUUUCCUGGGUGAAGACAGUUAAAAAAUAAUCAUUCGGAAGUUUACUUAUCUCCUCCCCAGAACUAACCAGCUCCCCAUCUGCUGCCUUUAAUGGACCUACAGUAUCCUUAUUCUUCGUCCUGUAUACCUGAUAAAAUCCCUUGGGGUCCGUCUUUGCCUGGCUGGCUACCUUUAAUUCAUAAUUGUCCUUAGCUUUCCUCGUUAACUUCCUGACUGUUCUAACUAAUUCAUUAUAUUGUGUCCUUAAAACUUCUUCACCUGCCCUUAAUCUCUUAUAUAUACUUCUCUUAUGCCCUAUAUAAUGCUUUAACCUAGCAGUCAUCCAUUUAGGGUCAUUUUUUUGUGAUCUUAUUGUUCUAUACGGGAUAUUUGCUAACUGACCUGUAUGAACUUUAUCUAUGAAAUAUUUAUACAAUUCAUUUACAUUUACUUCACCUAAUCCCCUCAUCUCAUCCCCUACCAUCCUCUCCACUCCCUCAUCUACUCGCCUCGACCUCACCUCUCUCAUUUCAGCAUGACCUGACAUUCCAACAUACUCACACCUAUCUCCCCCCUUCCUCUUUCCUCCUCCCUUCCGGACACAUCUUCCCUCCUCUUGUCCUACACCCUCACGCCUCACCUCACCUCUCUCAUCCUGCCUUAUCUCUCUGACCUCCGUCCCUGACCUGACCUCACCCUGCAUCACCCAUGUCUUGCCAUUUCAUCUUCCUCCUUCCUUGCCUUGUGAGAGUAAGGAAUGAUUGAUUGAGAUCUAAACUUACUCAGCUG